AUGAGUUCAUCUUCACUCCCACGUGCGUCGAUCGACCAGCAACGCACCAUUGCCAAAAUCUGCCGCCAGAAUCCACCGCCACCAGUCCACCACUUGAAGGCCGUCGUUGUCCUCCUUGGUCCUUUAGAGCAAACACUGACUUCAUCAAAAACCAGUCCAGAACCAAUUUAUAAUAUUGAUAGUGAUGAACUUGAGGCUGAAAGUGAAGACAUUCAAUGUGAUGUGAAUGUUGAAGAUAGUGUCAAUGUCGAAGAUGGAGUGAAUGUGAUUCCCUCUUCAAGUAGUGGUCCGUUAGAGCCAUUCAUUGGUAUGAUAUUUGAGGAGGUCGAAGACGCCCAAGCAUUUUACAAGGCAUAUGCAAGGCGACAAGGAUUCGCAAUCCGGACGAAUCAUACUCGAUUGUCGAAAGAUGAUAAAACUCUUUGUGCAGUAGACUAUGUUUGCACAAGGGAAGGAUUUCGGCGAGUAAGUCGGAAAGACACAGAUCGACAACUCCCUGAACCCGUUGAGACAAAGAUUGGAUGUAAGGCAAUGAUGAAAAUAAAGAAAGAUGGUGAAAAGUGGAUAGUCAACAAGUUUGUGGUUGGACAUAAUCAUAUUCUACUUACACCGAGAAGUACUAGCUUCCUUCGUGGGCAUAGGGGAGUUACUAAAGUCCAAAAAAAACUUAUUAUGACUUUGAAUGAGUCCGGUGUACCGACAAGGAAAAUAAUGUCGGUAUUGAGUAAAGAUUCAGGUGGUGAAUUUAAUGUCGGUUGUAUUGGCAAGGAUGUAGAAAAUUACUUAGGAAGCAAAAGGAGGAAAAUAUUUGAAGAAGGGGAUGCACAAAGGUUAUAUUCAUUCUUUCUUGAUCGACAACUCAAAGAACUUGGGUUUGUUUUCUCCAUGCAAGUUGACAAGGAUGGGAGUAUGGGAAGCUGUUUUUGGGCUGAUGCGAGAUCAAGAGCUGCAUAUCAAUAUUUUGGAGAUAUUGUUACAUUUGAUGCCACUUACCUUACCAAUAUUUAUAAGAUGCCAUUUGUGCCAUUUUCUGGAGUUAAUCAUCAUCACCAGACCAUAAUGUUCAGUUGUGCUUUGUUGGUUAAUGAAACGGGAGAAUCAUAUACAUGGUUAUUGAGAACAUGGCAAAAGGCAAUGCUUGGGCGUGCCCCUUCAACGAUAAUUACCGAUGAUGACAAGGCGAUGGCUAAGGCAAUUGUAGAGGUACUCCCGAAUACAACUCAUAGGUUGUGCUUGUGGCACAUAUUACAAAAAUUUUCCGAACACUUGGCCCAUGUAUACAACAAGUUUCCGGACUUUCAGAAAGAUUUUCGUCAUUGCAUACAUGAGACAAUUACUACUGAUGAGUUCGAACAAGAAUGGGUUUUGAUUGUGGUGAAGUAUGACCUAGGAGAAAAUACUUGGCUGCAAAAUCUUUACAGCCGACGGGAUAAGUGGGUACCGGCCUACUUGCGUUCGACAUUUUGUGCUGGCACUAUGGUUAGUGACUUUGUGCAUCAGUAUGAGAAAGCUAUAGAUGCACGUUACUUUAAAGAGAAAGAAAAGGAUGUGCGGACAAAAUCUACGAGGGCGAUAAUGAGGACACCUUUUAAAAUUGAAGAGGAGGCGGCGAUUGUUUAUACAAGAAAGUCUUUUACGAUCUUCCAAGAUGAGCUGUUCAAUAGUCUACGGUACCAAGCAAGAAAAUUGUAUGUGAGUGGUGAGGCCAAGACAUAUGGAGUGACUGCCCAUGGUAAAGAAACACCUAUUUACCACGUGACUUUGGAGGGUGAUGAAGGACAUGCUACAUGUACAUGCUAUAUGUGGGAGUUUAUGGGGAUUCUUUGUAGGCACAUAUUAUGUGUUUUUGGCAAGAAAGCGAAGUUAAAUAUAUUGCCACAACAUUAUGUUCUAGAUAGAUGGACUAUUAAUGCUAAGAGUCGACCCAUUCCCGACAUACCAUGUUCUGAUGACCAAGUGCGGCAAGGAUAA